UAUCACCUUCUCACUCAGCUUAAAUGAAGAUUGACAAGCCAACAGCAGCUCCCUCAUAUUCUCCAACAACUCCCCCUCCUUGUCAUCUCUCCACUCUUUUCUUCUCUGUCUUCCAAAGUUCAACAUAAUCCAUCGACACAACCACUUGAUCCUUUUUUAUUCUCCUUCUCCCUUUGACAAUUGGAAUCACCGGAGGUGGAAGCAGAUCCCGGAAGAUGAGAGCGGGAGGUUGCACUGUGCAUCAAGGCUUAACCCCCGAAGCAGCCACUGUCGUGAAGCAAUCCAUAAACCUAGCUCGACGACGAGGCCAUGCACAGGUGACGCCCCUCCAUGUGGCCAACACCAUGCUUUCGUCGUCCACUGGCCUCCUCCGCGCCGCCUGCCUCCGCUGUCACUCCCACCCGCUUCAGUGCAAGGCCCUGGAGCUUUGCUUCAACGUCGCCCUCAACCGCAUGCCCGCCUCCACCUUGUCCGCUCCGGUGCUCGGUCUUCCCCAAGCCCACCACCCGCCGUCCCUCUCCAACGCCCUCGUUGCUGCUUUCAAGAGAGCUCAGGCGCACCAGCGUCGGGGAUGCAUCGACACCCAGCAGCAGCCUCUGCUCGCGGUUAAGAUCGAGCUUGAGCAGCUCAUCAUCUCCAUCCUGGACGACCCGAGCGUGAGUAGGGUCAUGAGGGAGGCUGGCUUCUCCAGCACUCAAGUGAAGAGCAACAUGGAGCAGGCCGUGUCCAUGGACAUAUGCGCAUCCACCCCACCUAAUCGCAGUCCUAGCAAGCCCAAGGAUGCCUCCGGUCCCUUCACAAUCCCUCGCGCGAUCACUACAAAGCCUCUGGUUCAAGUGAAGAACGAGGAUGUGGUGAGCGUCGUCGAGACUUUGGCCACCAGGAGGAAGAGGAGUCUUGUGAUAGUGGGAGAGUGCUUGGCUACCACCGAGGCUGUGGUCGGAGGGGUGAUGGACAGAGUAAAUAAAGGAGAAGUGCCCGAGGUUUUAAGGAACGUACAGUUCAUACCACUCCCACUCUUCUCCUUCAUCCACAUGCCAUUGCAGGAGGUGAAUCAGAAGGUUGGGGAGCUGAGGUGCCUCGUGAAGAGCUGCGGCGCGGAGAGGGGGGCAAUCUUGUACCUGAAGGAUCUCAACUGGGCUGCGGAAUAUAGGGCAAGCGGGGAGAAGGGAAGAAAUAUCUAUUGUCCUCUGGAGCAUGCAAUCUUGGAGAUCAGGAACAUGUUCUGCGAGGGAGAGAAUAGCGGUGGGAGACUUUGGCUCAUGGGGAGCGCAACAUAUCAGACCUACAUAAGGUGUAGGGUUGGAAAUCCAUCGUUGGAGACUCUAUGGGGCCUUCGGCCUCAUACCGUUCCUACCGGAAGCUUAGGAUUAAGCCUCAACUGUGACAGUGAUUUAAGCCAAAUGCCAAUCAAGAUCAGCGGAGGCUCCCAAUUUCUGACAAAAACAGAACAUGAAAUCGGAAGUCAUCCAUCUUGCUGCGCAGAUUCUGCUAUCAAUUUCGAAACGGAUGCUCGGAGCGCGAAUAGAACUUGUUAUGGUCGCUACGCAUCCAUAUCCUCGAGCCUACCAUCAUGGCUCCGACGAUACAAAGAAGAGAAGAGGGGAGCGAUCAGCGAUGAUCAGAUUUAUUUGCAGGGCUCCCUCCAGCUGAAAGAUGUGUGCAGGAAGUGUAACUCUAUUUCUACUUCAGCCCGUAAAACCCAUAACCAUCCAUCUGAAAUAACAUUUAACUUCUCUUCGGUUUCUCCAUCUUCUUCUUCUAUCUCUUCCUACGAUCAUGGCUGUCCGAGCUUGCACCCACACCAGCACCAGCAGCAAGCUUGCCUGCAGUCUCUCGAGGCAAAACAUCAACGGAGCGAACAAAACCUCUGGAUAUCAGAAGUGGCUGAUGAAUGCCCCGAGCACAAGUCAAGAAGCAGUGGUCCAGAGCAUGCGGGGCAAACUCGGUCUAACCCUAACUCGGCUACUACAAGUGGCACGAUGGAGAUGGAGUACGUUUCGAGAUUCAAGGAGCUUACCGCCGAGAAUCUAAAGACCAUUUGCGACGCAUUGGAGAGAAGGGUCACCCGGAAGAAGGAUCUCAUUCCUGAGAUUGCGAGCACCAUCCUCCGGUGCAGGUCAGGAUUGAUAACAAGGAAAGAGAAGUCGAGUUCUUCUUCGGAGAAAAAGGAAGACACAUGGCUCUUCUUCCAAGGCGGUGACACCGAAGGCAAGGAGAGGAUAGCCAGAGAGCUCGCCGGCAUUGUCUUUGCCUCUUACGCCAAUUUCAUCACCAUUGGACUCGGUAACUUCUCAUCCACACCGUCGGACUCCACGGAUGAUGUACGAAAUAAAAGGUCGCGGGAACAAGUCAGAAACAGCUAUCUCGAGAGCCUCUUCGAAGCCAUACGCGAAAACCCACACCGAGUCAUCGUGAUGGAAGACAUCGAGCAAGCGGACUACCACGCUCGGUCUGGCAUCAAGACCUCGAUGGAGAGAGGGAAGAUACAGAGCAGCAGCGGUGAGGAAGUCAGGCUUUGUGACGCCAUCAUCAUCUUGAGCUGUGAAAGCUUUGAUUCCAGGUCAAGAGCUUGCUCUCCUCCGGUCAAGCACAAGGCUGACACCGAAGACGAGAAGGAAGAGGCGUGCAGGUUAGAUUUGAAUCUUUGUGCCGAAGACGAAGAAGAUCUCCAUGAUCAUUUCUCGGAUGACAUGGGGCUUCUCGAGUCUGUGGACGGUGCAUUCUUUUUUGAGUUGCCUGAGGAACUAUGAUUUGUUUGAUUAUUAGAUCCGCAGUUUCUUGAUUCCUCAUUCUGAACCUUUUGUCGUUUAAUACUGUUCAGUGAAAUACAAGAUGAGAGGAAGAGAAGGUUUGGGUGGAUGGGUUAGUCUGCAUGUAGGGAAGGGAACACAGUGUGUAAUUGGUUGAUGAGCUCUUUCUGAUGCUAAUUUUAAUGUCUACUUGAUGAUCUUAUCUUUC